AACCGUAGAGCGCUGGAUGCAUACACACCCGGACCCUUUUAGCGACGGAAUCACUUAUUCUUCAUGAUAACAAGUGGAAAUCAAGACUGAGCUAAUGUUGGCCUCCUUGUCCUCAAAUAUGUCACAUGGCUUCAAGAGCAGCAAGCAGAGCUUCACUUUUGGACCGUGGACUGUGUCUGCGGCCAAAAACCACAUCAUGAAGUCAAAAGACAUUGAACGGUUAGCACAGGACAUGAACAUGCCCUCCCUUCCAGAGAUGCUGUUUGGGGACAACGUUCUACGUAUUCAACACACAGACGGAUUUGGCAUAGAGUUCAAUGCCAUCGAUGCACUGAAGCGAGUCAACAACUCUGAGGAUGCAGUGAAGGUGGCCUGUGCUCAGGAGUGGCAGGAGAGCAGAGCGGACUCGGAGCACUCUCAGGAGGUGGUGAAGAAGUAUGACUGGACGUACACUACAGACUACAGAGGGACUCUAAUAGGAGAAGACGCGCAGAUGAAGGUGAACCCGACGUCUGAGCGGAUAGACAUGGAGAAGCUAAAGGCUCGAGAGCAGAUCAUGUUCUUUGAGGAGGUUCUGCUGUUUGAGGAUGAGCUGCAUGACCACGGGGUCUCCAUGAUCAGCGUCAAAAUAGCUGGGAAGAGUUACAUGCUCAGAGAGUUCAGCACCAGAGAGAGCAACAUCGCAGACCUGAAAGUGCCAGCCGCUCUCCAGACUGACCCCAACGAGAUUGCCCAGCACUUGACUCUCAAGCUGACCGAGUGCGAGAAGCUGGAGCUCCCGGUGGACGAGUCGGAAGAGACGUCACAGUGAAGCCGCGGCAUCCAUCUUGCAUGAAGUUUCACGAGUGUCUUCUGGCAAACACUGUUGUCUCCUCCCGUUUCACAUCUGCUUCUGCUCACGACCUCCCACUCAUCCCACCAUUUUUUAACUCAGCAGAGCAGCUUCAAAUGAUUACAGUCACAAACUCCAUUUUCUGUCUGAUAAAAGCUGCUGCUGCUCACAUGUCCUGCGUCCAGACAGUGAAAAUGGAACUAUGUUGUCACCACAAAAGCACCUCACUGCCUGACACUGUGAGUGGAAGGUUUUCUCCCGUGUCAGUCACACAAAUGUCCAGCGGCCCGUGUUGUGGAUUAAUGAAAGUUAUCUGAUAUUCAACAGUGAACUUGUAACUUGCUCCUCCUCACUGCUUGAUUCACCGGCCUCAAUAAUCUGCAUCUUAAAUUCUUUGGUAAAAAACAUGCUCUCAUGUGCUGUACAUUCAGGUGAAAUGUCUUAAUGUUUCCCAUGAUUAACUGGAAGCUCUGACACUACUGUUGUAAAUCUGAAGGCCUUGUCUGAUGAACUAUUGCCCAUAUUGACUCAUCUGCUGUUGGGAUAUGAUUUAUACGUUGAGUAGAUUCAGUAAAUGAGUCGUGGAAUACUAUAACUUGUUCUAUUUUGUAAUUGUAUUUCAACUCUCAAGUAUUCAACUGUAGACAUCCAUGAUUAUGUUCAACCUGAAAAGACCUGCAGCUUGUUGUCAACUGUAAUGGAGGGGUCACAAAUCCAAAUCUACUGGCGUUAUAUUCCAGGCGUACCUUUUCUGCCUGGAGUUGUGAAGCACAGAAAAAAAACAUUUCACAUUGAUUUUGAAACUCAUUUUUUAUGCCAUGGUUCUUACUAGUGCUUUGGUCUCAAUAAAGAGUUUGA